UGUCUUAAUUCCUUUACCCCACUGUUGAACGGAAGGCUUGGCUCUGCUGUCGCAGAUCUUCGUCUUCUGGCCGCGCGUGAGGAGUCGUCAAGGAAAAACCAGCAACAUGUCUAAAGACGUCCCACGCGAGCCGGAGCAGCUUCGCAAGCUCUUCAUCGGAGGGUUGAGCUUCGAGACAACAGACGAGAGUCUGCGAGCCCACUUCGAGCAAUGGGGCAGCCUCACAGACUGCGUGGUCAUGAGGGACCCAAACAGCAAGAGAUCAAGAGGCUUUGGGUUUGUCACUUACUCAUCAGUGCAAGAAGUGGAUGCUGCAAUGUCUGCCCGCCCUCACAAAGUCGAUGGCAGGGUUGUCGAGCCCAAGCGUGCCGUUUCCCGGGAGGACUCAAACAGGCCUGGUGCUCACAUCACAGUGAAGAAAAUCUUUGUCGGGGGCAUCAAAGAAGACACAGAAGAAUCGCACCUGCGGGAUUACUUCCAGCAGUUUGGUAAAAUCGAGGUCAUUGACAUCAUGACAGAUCGUGCUUCAGGGAAGAAGAGGGGCUUUGCCUUUGUCACCUUCGAUGACCACGACUCAGUUGACAGGAUUGUCAUCCAGAAGUACCACAACAUCAACUCACACAACUGUGAAGUGAGGAAAGCCCUCACUAAGCAAGAGAUGCAGAGCGCUGGUAUGGGAAUGCGAGGCCGCAACACUGGACGCCCCUACGAUUAUGACAGGGGUUUCAAUCCAGGAAAUCGGGGCAGGUAUGGAGAUGGACCAUACAACUGCAAUGGAGGCGAUGGUGGUUAUGGAGGCGGCCCUGGUGGUCACGGUGGAUAUAAUGGUGGCGGCAACCGUGGGUUCAACCAGGGAUACAACCAAGGCGGCGGAGGCUAUGGAGGCGGCGGCUAUGACAACAAUGGCUAUGGUGGCAGCUGUGGUGGCGGAAGUGGAGGCGGUGGCAGUAACUACAAUAUGGGCCACUAUGACACAGAAGCCUCCAACUUUGGCCCGAUGAAGAACAACUUUGGUGGCGGUAGCAGGAACUUCGGCAGUUACGGCGGCGGCGGCUCAAACAGUGGCGGCUACGGGCGCCCUGGGCGAUUUUAAGAUGUGACCCGGGCUGAUUACUUAGGAGAGGAGAGCAAGGAGAGGAGAGCAAGCGAAGUGACAGGGCAGCUGCAGGUUUACCUCCUAAAUCUGCUCAGCCUAAAAGUUGUGGCAGGUUACAGCUGCUGCAAGAAGAGAUGUACAUUAGAUAACUCAUGGAGGGCCUUCAUUCAAAAUGUGUUUGUGGUUUUUUUUUUUUCUUUUUGUUUUUUUGUUUUUUUUUUUCCUUUUUCAAAUGUGUUUCUUUUUUGGAAAGCAAGCAUUCCAAGAUUUUAUGUUGAUCCUCAAGUCUGGUUUUUAUUUGUAACUGCCUCGAAUUAAGCUGAAAUAAACCAUCUUUCAGUUUUUUUUUA